UUUGAGCCUUCAGGAGAGUAGGGAAAGUCAGACACUAUAGAGACAGAGGGACAAGGCGCUGUUACCGAGACAGACUCCCACUGGUAAUACCCAGGGCGCUUGGAGAUUUGGCGUGCACAUUUUUGUCAUUGACACUGAUGCAUCUAUCUUCAUUCUCCUUCCGCUCAUGACUUGGAAAAGAUGGCUCUUACACUACGUUGUGACCGCUGAUGUCUGUUUUUGCUGAAGAGUUUUCUUAUUGCUCCUUCAGUGAGUUGUUUUUAGGUGUUUUGUCCAACUUUCAGGAGACUACAGUGUAUUACUGUGUCACUUUGUGACUUGUUAAGCUGCGUCUUCCACCGGACUAACACCGCUCCGUCUUUGGACCGCCUCAGCCUGCACGCACAAAUGUUGACCGAACCGUGUGGAGCCAUGUCGAUGGGGUCAGAUGUUCGCGAUCUGACCCUCUUACCUCCGGCGCCUCCUGUGCCGUCCCUAGUGGGUGCCGGUGGUGGCUGUGGGAUGUCCGUUGGCGGUGGCCAGUGGACCCAGCUGCUGGACCUCCACCCUGGGCCUCCCUACAGCUCCCUGCCCUCCCACCACUCCCUCAUCAAGCAGGAACCUGGUUGGGGGACCAUUGAUCCAAUAGAGGACCCUCACUGCGGACUCGGGGCCUUCACUGUGCACUUCUCGGGCCAGUUUACAGGCUCGGGCCCCUGCAGAGUGGGCGCCUUUGGAGAGCCAACUGCAGGUCAACCGCUGAUGUUUCCUAAUGGAACCUACCUGCCCGGCUGCAUGGACAGUCCUCCCGCACCCAGGAACCAGGGCUACGGAGCAGUGGGUUUAGACAACAACCCCAGUUAUGGCCACUCUCCGUCUCACCACACCCCUCAGCUCUCCAGCCUGUCCUUCAAACACGAGGACACUUUGUCACCGCCAAACAACAUAGUUGACCAGCAGUACCCUGCUCCUCCUCCCAUGUUCGGCUGCCACAAUCCAUCAGAAUCCUGUCCGAGCAGCCAAGCUCUGCUGCUGAGGAACUACAACAGUGAUAACCUGUACCAAAGGGCCCAGCUCGACUGUGUAACAUGGAACCAAAUGAACAACCUGGCAUCUUCCAUUAAGAGCAGUGGCCAUCCACCGAGCUAUGACAGUGACCCCACAGGCCCUCCUCCACCCAUGCUGGUCAAAGCCCAGUACCACAUACACACACAUGGUGUCUUCAGAGGACUUCAGGAUGUCCGACGCGUAGCUGGUAUCGCUCCACCAGUUGCGAGGUCAUCGUCGGAGGCCAGCGAAAAGCGCCCAUUUGUAUGUUCUUAUCCUGGCUGCAGCAAGAGAUACUUCAAACUGUCGCACCUUCAGAUGCACGGCCGCAAGCACACAGGAGAGAAGCCUUACCAGUGUGAUUUCACAGACUGCGGGCGCAGAUUCUCCCGUUCUGACCAGUUGAAGAGGCACCAGCGCAGACACACAGGAGUGAAGCCCUUUCAGUGUGAGACCUGUCAGAGAAAGUUUUCACGGUCAGAUCAUCUUAAGACGCACACUCGGACUCAUACAGGUAAAACAAGUGAGAAGCCAUUUACCUGCCGCUGGUCCAACUGUCAGAAGAAGUUUGCCCGCUCUGACGAGCUGGUGCGCCACCACAGCAUGCACCAGAGGAACCUGACCAAGCUGCAGCAGGCCAUCUGAGCGGCGAGAGGAGGACGAGGACAAAGAGGAAGGUGACAUUGUGUCCUGCCAGCAAGUGAAGAAGGACGCUGGAGCCUGGUCAGCGGUUCGGGGGCUUUGCCAAACUCACUGAAGUGGUGAGCCCAGCUGAUGCCUCCCUCUGCCAGCCAACGUCAAGAGAUUUUAAUGAAUCCCAGAUCUUUAUGACGCACCUCAACUAGAACUAUUUUUUGGUUAUUUGACUUUAAAAAACUCACACUGAGAGGGUACAAUGCCACAGUGAUCCUGAGCCAAGAAGAAUAUUGUUUUUAUGUGUGAUGAGGAAAAUGUUGAUACACCUUUGGAUACUUUAGUACACUUGCACUGGCUUCUUUUUUAUUGCUAAAAUUGUGUCACCUUAAAAAUGUGCUGGACAAUGUAAACUGGAUUUAGGAAAUAGGCAAUAUUUCUCUAUUAAGUUGACAGUUUUUGGAAUGUGAACAUCUUUAUAUUCUUAUAGUAUAUAUACUCUUUACAUUGCUUUGUGUAUUUGCUUACAUUUAUAGACGUUCCUUUUGUAUUUGUAUUGUUUUAUAAAAUGUUGAUUCACAUUGUUGGUAUUUGAGAGCGUGGGCUUGCGUGUGUGUUUGAGAGAGUGAGAAAGAGAAGAGGUGUUGGUGUUGUCAGGUAAGAGGCCACCUAUGAGUGGUGGGGAAUGGGGAGGGGGGGGGGGCAGUGACAGACAGUAAAACAGCACCCAGCUGCGACUCUGACAGGGUGCAGGUCUCACCCUCCUAAAUCUCUGACACACAUCUUCAUAACUGGGAACAUCUGGAGCCCAGUAAAUCUCAUUAGAAAAGACACAUACCUCAGUGUCAGCUGGCUGUACUUCACUGACCACCCUUCUGCAUAAGCUGGCCCCUAAAUCCACACACACACACACACACACACACACACGCAAAAGCCCACACAUUAAGGGCCCAAUUGCAAAUAAUGUCCUCCAAUCCGAAAAGGCAUUUUACAACAUUUAGCCACUUGAUGGCAGUAUGAGCCAGCGCUGCAGUGUGACUGAACCCACACUCCUGCCUCCCCUCUUACAAUUCAUUCUUUAUAUGAGUACAUGUCCGCUCCAGUCUUGUGAUGAGUGGUCACAAUAAAUAUGUUAAAAUGUAAGAACGUUCAAAAAAGGCCCUGCUCCAUCAAAUAUAGGUGAUGUGGAUGGAGUUGUAUGUCAUAUCUAUAAGAGAGGAGAUGAUUCAGCUACAGCAGGAAGGUUAAUAAAAUAUGACUCAAUGUGGGGAGAAUAGAGCAGCUGCAUGGAUCUGUGGUCUAAGGAUGUUACUUACCUGGAAAAGCCAUG